AUGGGACUCUCCGGAUCAAGCAAGGGCCAGCAGCCGUGGAUGCGCUGGAAGGUACUCGCCAUUGCGGGCGCCUUUCUCUUCGUCCCUGCUGUCGGUCUCGGCGUCGGCCUGGGCGUCGGCUUGACGCAGCGAGGCGGUCACGGGGACUCUUCCGACAGCUCGAGCUCUUCCUCUUCGAACGACCCCAAGAGCCUCCCAAGCGGUUCGAGUCAAACAUCCACGUGGCAGCCCAGCGUCAAUGCGACAUGGCAAAUCGUGCUCCAAGGCGCCAUCAAGCUCGACAACAAGACCGCCCCGAACCCGGACGUCAGCAUCUACGACCUCGACCUCUUCACCAACGACGCGGCGACGUUCAAGACGCUGCAUGACGAUGGCAAGAAAGUUAUCUGCUACUUCAGCGCGGGCUCGUAUGAGAACUAUAGGCCCGACAAGGACCGAUUCCAAGCGUCGGACCUGGGCAAGACUCUCGACGGAUGGCCCGAUGAGAAAUGGUUGAAGCUGAGCAGCCCAAAUGUUCGCAGCAUCAUGAGUGAUCGUGUCAAGCUUGCGGCUUCCAAGGGCUGUGAUGCAAUUGACCCCGACAACGUCGAUGGUUAUCAAAACGACAAUGGACUUAAUCUUACUCAACAGGAUUCCAUAGACUUUCUCAAGUUUCUUCAAGGCGUGGCCAGCUCGUACAACAUGUCCAUUGGCCUGAAGAACGCCGGCGACAUCAUCCCCAAGGUGAUUGACUUUAUCAACUUCUCCGUCAACGAGCAGUGCGCCGAGUACUCCGAAUGUGAGACUUUUGAGCCCUUUAUCAAGGCUGGCAAGCCCGUCUUCCACAUUGAGUAUCCCUCGGGUGCGCCAAACAUUGACGCCUCGCGGGCUGCUGCUCUCUGCUCGGAUUCAGGCAUCGGGGCUGGGUCUGCCAAGUUCAGCACGGUGCUGAAGAAGAUGGACCUGGAUGGGUUUGUGCAAUACUGUAAUGGGAAGCAGUACACCACCCCGCUGUUGUAA